AGGGGGCGGGGCAUCCUGUAGGAGUCCGCUGGCUUCCUGGUAGCCAGGAAGGAGCGGAGCAUAUGCGGAAGUGGGAAGCUGCGGAGGAGCUCCGGGAGCUCGGGGUCUGAAGGGAGGGAGUCCUCUCGAAGGUCCGGGUGGAGUCUCUCUCCUAAGGGCAGGGCCAGGGCCUUUGUGACUCCUGUGGAGCCUCACUCUUGUAAAUCCCUGUAGACCAGUUUGAUGCCUAGGAAGAGAAGAGCAAGACCUCUCCCCCUCUGGGAUCCUUCUCCCUGCCCAGCUCAGUCUGCAGAGGACCAAGGCCUGGCCCCAGCAGGGAGCCUGGAGCCAGAGGGAAUGGCCCCUAGGAGCAGCAGCCCUCCUCUCCAGAAAUGUUUCCAGCUCCUCUUCAUUAUUGAACAUCUGCUUUUUGGCCCCUAAUGUUAAGCUCCCAUCUGCAGGAUGGGUCACCCUGGGCUGCAUCCUGAUCUCCAGAGUGGUCUGGCUGCUUAACCUUUUUCCCCUCAUGCUCUCCCACAGAUCUACCUGCCUCACAGGUAGAACACCAACUUUCUCCCUGAUUCUACAGGGAGAUUCAUUUAAGAGGAAGGGGUUGGUGACAUUCAAGGACGUGGCAGUAGACUUCACCCAGGAGGAGUGGGGCCUUUUGGACCAUGCUCAGAAGGAAUUGUACAAGGGGGUCAUGCUGGAGAACGCCCAGAACCUGCUCUCCUUAGGGCUGCCAGUUCCCAGAGAAGACGUGAUCUCUUACUUUGAGCAAAGGGAAGCACCAUGGAUGCUGGAGCAAGAGGGCCUGAGGAGCUGCGGUCCAGAACGAGAGAUCAGCUUGGAAAUGAAGGAAACUGCUGUAGAGCUACCCCAAAGAUUCAUGAGUGAUGUCCCCUCUGACUUCAGUUGGAGAGAAGUCUGCACAACACCUGAGAAUAUCCUAACUGUGGAGAAAUAUGACUGUAAACAGUGUGGAACGGGCUUUAGAGGGAAAAGAUGUCUUAUUGUACAUGAGAGAAUCCACACUGCAAAAAAACCUAAUGAAUGCAAUCAAUGUGGAAAGGCUUUUAGAUCGAAGUACGGUCUUAUUGUACAUGAGAGAAUCCACACUGGAGAGAAACCUUAUGAAUGUUUUCAAUGUCUAAAAGCUUUCACACAGCGGGCUCAUCUUAUUAGACAUCUACCAACACACGCUAGAGAGAAAGCUUAUGAAUGUAAUCAUUGUGGAAAACCUUUUCAAUCGUGGGAGAGUCUUACUCUACAUGAGGGAAUCCACACUGGAGAGAAAUCUUUUGAAUGUUAUCAAUGUGGAAAAGCUUUGAAAUCAAGGGAGAGUCUUACCCGACAUCAGAGAAUCCACAGUGGAGACAAACCUUAUAAAUGUAAUCAAUGCGGAAAGUCUUUUACAUGGAAGGAUGGUCUUACUAAACAUGAGAGAACACAUACAGGAGAGAAACCUUAUGAAUGUUACCAAUGUGGAAAAGCUUUUAUACAACAGGCUAAUCUUACUAGACAUCUGACAACACACACUAGAGAGAAACCUUAUGAAUGUAAUCAAUGCGGAAAAGCUUUUAAAUUGAGGGAAAGUCUUACUCGACAUCAGAAGAUCCACACUGGAGAGGCUUUUCAAUCAUGGGACAGUCUUACUCUACAUCAGAGAAUCCAUACUGGAGAGAAAGCUUAUGAAUGUGAUCAAUGUGGAAAAGCUUUUAAAUGGAGGGACAGUCUUACUCUACAUCAGAGAAUCCACACUGGAGAGAAACCAUAUGAAUGUGAUCAAUGUGGAAAAGCUUUUAAAUGGAGGGAAAGUCUUACUCUACAUCAGAGAAUCCACACUGGAGAGGAACCUUAUAAAUGUUAUCAAUGUGGAAAGACAUACAGAUGGCAAGAAAGUCUUGUUGAACAUCAGAGAAUCCACACUGGAGAGAAACCGUAUAAAUGUGAUCAAUGUGGAAAGGCUUUUAGAGGUAGAAGGUCUCUGCGUGAACAUCAGAAGAGAGAAACAUUAUUAAUGUAAUCAACGUGCAAAGGCUUUUACAAGGAAGGCUUGUCUUACUGUAUAUCAGAGAAACCACACUGGAAUGAAAUCCUAUGAAUGUGAUCAAUGUGGAAAAACUUAAAUGGUGAAACAGUCUUACUGUACAUCAGAGAAUCAACACUGGAGAGAAAACGUAUGAAUGAAAUCAUUGUGGAAAAACUUAUACAUCUAGGGACAGUUUUCUUCAACUUCAAAAGAUCCAGAUAUGUCACCAAGGCAAUAUUCACAAUAGUUGUGAUCAUUCUAUGUCAGCAUGGUUCUGUUUCACGAAAUAUAACAGACUCUCCACAUAGAAGACAGAAGAAGCAAAACAUUUAUCAAACACCACACAACCAAAUCCCAAAACCAGUAGCUCCAUCCAGGCAGGAAGGAAAUUAAUAUACAUAAUCACAGCAGAGAACCACUCUAUCCGAAAGCCUCCACCCUGCUGCUGCUGAGGCCUUCCCACAAACUCACAGCACAGCUAGCUUGCCUCCUCUCUCUCCCUCUAACUGCUCUUAGCAUUUCCUGCUCCACUCUUUGUAGUUCCCCUUGUUCAGCAAGCUCCUCCCACCACAUGUGACUUGGGCUUCCUGUGAUGUAAGCAGGUCACAUGGUCUUACUAAUGUAUGGGGAAGAUCUUCAAAUUCACAUUACAAUUCAUUCAGCCCCAAGAUCUUUCUUAUCCAUGACAUAGGUCAGUAGGAGUUUUGGGAUAACUGGUGUCAACAGAACUUUACAACAGGAUAACAGGGAUAACACAAACUAAGAACUCAAAACAAUAUCAUCAUUGCCCUCUCAAAUGAAUGUGGCUCAAAAUCUUAGACUAAGGGAUGAACAUUGUGUCAUCCAUAGCUUGUUUCUGCUCUAAUUGGAUCUAGAGCUGUCCCUGCCUCAAGGUCAAGAGAGUCCCAUUUGAGAGGUCAGUUCUUUAGCUUGGUGGACCCCAGGUCCAGGGAUGACACAUCACAGACGUCAUAUCCAGGGGUGACAUCAGGGGAUGACAUCCACCUCAAACUAUCAGGCAUCUGCAGGUGGAGGGUACUAAGCCUACAGGAAACAAAUUUAGGAAACAAGUUUGACAUAUUGUAAGGGCAAGGAAAGUGGGCCUUUUUUGCUCUUUUUUCUUUUGGAGUUCUAAUUCUCAGAACUGAGGCAAUCAAAUGCCUUUGAUGGAAUCAAGAGUCUUUGAUGACCUGAUGAAGUCACAAGAGAGCCGAAACCACACGAGUUUGAGUCACAUGGUUGUGAUGCCCUCUGACCCUGAAGAAGUGUGUAUAUACUCUGAGGUUAGCAUUUGGCUUUGGGGCUCACUCGUUGGAAGAGUGUUUGUGUGAUUUGGCCAGACGAGACUCUGGGUGGCCAGUAAGGAGCACCCCCCCCCCACCCCCAUCUUUAAAAACCCAGAUGUUAGUGCUUUUUCCUCUGGUAACUUUAUGUAUUGCUAUGGACAGACAGAAGGCCUGUUUGCUGAUAUGUGUUAUUUGCUCUGUUUAUAUAAUUUUUGCUUGUAAUUCCUAUUUGUAUUGUCUCUGAAGUUGAGGGUGCUGACUUUUUCCCCUGAACUAAGUGAACGCCAUAUAUAUGUUUAAUUAAAGUGAGAUUGUAAACCUC